CUUAAACUUGUUACAUAGAAUUCAUCAACAUGACGUACGAAACAAUAUAAUAAGCCUUGGUAAAAACGUUUCGUUCCAAGUUAAUGGUAAUUCACUACAAGCUAUUAUGAACAGCUCACUUUAUAAUCUUUUAUUUAAGCGAAACUCCACAUUUAUCGCAACAGUGUUCGCCUCGGCCUUUUUCUUAAAAAUUGGAUUGGAUGUUAUUACAGACAAAGUUUGGGAGAAGUCGAACGCAGGGAUGCAAUGGAAAGACGUGAAGCCUAAAUUCCUUAAGAAAGAAGAAGAAGACGACGAAGAUGAGGAAUGAGCUCAAAGUAUCGAUUUCCCUGAACGAGCAACACCGAGCGAGGACAUCCUCUCUUUUAAAAGUUAUAACUGCUAACGUAAAUAAUAAUUCGUAUGUUAGAACAGUAAAGUGUUUGUGAGAAAAACUCAAAAGGUGUAUCUGAA